AUGACCGGCCUGGUGAAGACCUACCUAGAGCCCCAAUACCUGUCCGCUACGCAUGGGUUCCACAGUGCUGAGGAGAUGAUGGAUCUACUAGGUUUAUACUACCUCACAGGCAAUGAGACAGAACAGGCCAGGAACCUCUUCGACGACCUGCAAAUGGGAGAGAAAGGGCAUGCUAGCGAAACCUUCCCAGAGUUCAAGGCUCGUUUCCAAAGUGCAGCUAUCACAGGACAAGUCUCCGAGUCGGAAUGGUUUCGGUACAUGUGGAACAAGUUGACUCCCCUAUUCCGCAGCCGCGUCGCGAUCAUCAAAAACCAAUGGAAUGGAGACUACCAGACCAUGGUACGAGAACUUACUGCUUUGAGAACUUACUGCUUUCGAUCAGCAACAGCGCCGGAACAACGAAUUGAAUCUGCUACCCACUCUCGCAAGGACGUCCACACGUACCACAGACACGGCAAAGGUGUCGGUGUCGAAGCCGACUCGAGCCACACCUGCUCUGUCCACCUCGAGAACUACUCGGAUGGGUUACGGCAGGGGAGGUGGGCGAGGAACAAAACUACGAUCACGGGAGGGAAGACAAAGCAGAAGAAACAGAGUCGUUGCUAUCUACUACGACUCUAA